AGAUUUUUUUUCCGUCUUGUUGUAUCAUCACCAGCAGAACACACAACAACCUUCCACCUCUGCUCUUCGCCGCUCGCGCUCCGCGCCCGCGCAAAACCCUCCGGUGAUGGCGAGCGCCGCCGCUCCGGCGCCUCGCCCGGCGCCACCGCCUACGCAGGCGCAGCAGCAGCAGCCCAAGGACCAGCAGCAGCAGGCGCUGGCCGUGAAUGCGCUCCGCCUGAAGGUGAUCGGCGACCGCAUCAGGACCCACUUGCGCGGCAUGAGCGUCCUCCCCGCCGCCCAGUUCGCUCACCUCGUCUACGCUUUCGCCAGAGGGAUUGACUUCGCGCUCUCGGCCGGUGAUGUUCCUGAGAUGGCCGUUGAGAUACCCAACACUUUGAGGAAGGUAUAUGAUCUGAGGAAAGAUCCAUUUAUACAGUCUUCUGUUAUGGUACUAGUCAUAUCAUGCAAGGCUGUUUUGCAGAAUGCUUGUUUCAAUAACUGGUUUCAACCUACAGAUUCCACAGACAUUCUCAGAAUGGCUAAUGAGCUCUCUGGCAACUUCUGCACAUCCCUUGGCCAGAGCCAGACAGCUAAUGACAGUUCUGUGCUUGAAAUUAUUUCAAAAAUAAUGCCAAGGUAUUAUCCUCAGCUGAAGUUUGAGCGUCUAGUCACUUCGAUGGAAGCAAAGGUUGGCUAUGAUGUAUUAAUGGCUGACUUCUUUAUUGAGAGGAACCUACCUCGGGAUGAAAGGAUUAGACUAAUUGUAGUACAAAAGGAAAAUUUAGAUGCCUCGUCAUGUAUCACAAGCCCACCACAUGUUAGCUUUUUGGUCAAUGGAAAGGGCGUGGACAAGAGGACUAAUGUUUCAAUGGAAAUGGGACCCCAGUUCCCCACUGAUAUCACCAAAAUGCUUAAAUACGGGGCAAACAUUAUCCAAGCUGUUGGAUAUUUCAAUGCUAGCUAUAUCAUAGCUGUGGCAUUUGUAAACAAUUUGACAUCCUUCGGUGCUCCAAGGCUCGAUGACUAUGCCCAACCUGUCACUGUUGAUUCUGCUGAUUCUGAUGUACUUGAGGGACCAUCAAGAGUUUCUCUAAAUUGCCCCAUAAGCUUUAGGCGCAUAAAAACUCCUAUUAAAGGGCGCCUGUGCAAACACUAUCAGUGUUUUGAUUAUGAUAAUUACACGGAGAUGAACUUGAGAAAGCCAACCUGGCGCUGUCCGUAUUGUAACACCCCUUCAAACUUCAUUGACCUGCGUAUUGAUCAAAAGAUGGCCAAGAUACUACAAGAAACUGGGGGUGAUGUCAUCGAUGUCUUUGUAUUUACUGAUGGAUCUUGGAAAGCUGCUCCAGCUAAUGAUGAGAAAUCGGAUAGACGCACAGGUCAUGCCAUUCAGCAGACUGGAGAUACUGUAGAAACUGAUUCAUCUUCUUCCCAUGUCAUAGAUCUGAUAAACAGGAAUGAUGAUGGUGAUCUGUCAAUGAAUUGGGCAUCGGCUUCAGAAGAUACGAAGCCUCUGUUGAAUAGUCAAGAUUUGUCUGUGGCAGACUAUCUUCCAGAUUUUCCUAUAAGUGCUCCUGCCCAGACAGAAGAUCUGUAUCCAGGGGAUGCAAAUAACGGGGUUAGCAACAUGGCUUUGACUUCUCGUCAAAAUUUGUUACUACCUUCUACUACUGGACUGGCCUCAAGUACAUUUGGGACCUUGGAAUCUAUUCUGCCUCAAAAUGUUCUGCGCCCUGUUAUCACAGAUGCUGUCUCUCCUUCUCUUGAAACCUCUAAUUCAAUAUCUGGCAUGCAACAUGUUUCACAGGAAACACAUCGUGAAAUUGUACAGUUGCAACCACAAAUAGGUCCACUACAUGGAUCAGAAAUGAGAAGACCUCCUAUACCUAGAAAUCCCAGGAGAGAGCUAGUAGGAGUCCAGGCGUUGCCAGUGCCACCACAGAAUCUAGGGUCAUCCAGAAGGUUGCAGCCGAAUAUCCUCAAUUGUCCACCUCCUAUCCCGCUAUCCAGUCCAGCUUCUUCACAAGCACAUCAGGUGAUAAAUCCAGACAGUGUCAUUGCUCCAAUGAAUAACGGUGGUGGGCCAUUACCAAGGACUCCCAGUACCGCUAUACCAUCACAUCUACAGUCAACAACGCUGCAGGACAUGCAUAACACAUCGAGCCAUCUGCCCAGCCAGGUUGUUGGUCUUCCGACACCACAUUUAAUGGGUAUACGUCCGUCGCCAGGAAUCCCAGGACAGGCUGGAGGAGCCAACGCCUACAGAGCUAUGCCUACGCAGCAGACUCCGACCCUGGAUCAGCUCAGGUUGCACACACGAAUGAAUCAAACGGCACAAGCUGCCGCAGGCCAGUCAACGGCAGCUACUCAAAUUCUGCCAACCCAAGCAGACAUCCAAAGCCAUCUUUUUCCUACACAGCAAAGCCAGGCAUUGAGAUCGCCAACAGUGCCCCAGGCAGCAACUCCACAGGCGCGGGCGCCACCACAUCUGCAGUCUCCCAGUGUACGAACUGUUGCUCCGAGCACGCCUCAAACAACCGCAGCUGCUCAAAUCCAACCAACCGAAGCGGACAUCCAAAGCCAUCUUUUUCCUACACAGCAAAGCAAGGCAUUGAGAUCACCAACAGUGCCCCGGGCAGCAACUUCACAGGCGCGGCCGCCACCACAUCUGCAGUCUCCCAGUGUACAAACUGUUGCUCCAAGCGCGUCUCAGGCUGGAGCUUCCGAUGGUCUUCCAGAGCUCCCUGUGGGUGAGAACUGGUGCCCCACGGGUCAGAUGAGAGGGAGUCUGACAGGCAGUGCUUACAGUACAGCGAUUCGACGCUAUUUGGGCCAACAGUCUGCCCAGCAGCAGAGCCAGGCUCGGCCUCACUAACUGUCAGGCAUUGUGGUGUUCUGUUAGUCAUCAAGCAGGGCUUGCGGCAGCUAACUUAUCACGGAUGUUGAUCUUUUGUGUGAGUGUCUUAGAACUCUGAUGAUCUAAUUUAGCGUAGGAAGAGCGUAGUGACUAGUUGAGUGGUGACAGCGCUAUGCUGAUCUGCCGCACUUUCGUAGCAGUUUCUGUGGUAUGCUGCUUAGCUUAUUUGAACCAGAGCUGUAAAGGGAGCAAAGCAUUAUGAUGUUAAGCAUCAGUAGUAUUUGCUAAUCUAUCUAUGUGCUUUCAGUUUUGUGCUGGAA